CAUUCCUUCUUUUCUCGUUGGUUCCCGCCGCCUUCGCCUUGAUCAGUUGGAAGAAGUUCUCGACCCCUUCCCGCGUUCUAGUCGCCGAGCGGUCAAGCCGGAGUCCGCCCAUGGAAGAAGAAGGCGAGAGGCUCAACUUCAUGUGCCACGGUUGCGGCGGCAUCGGCUUUGCCGACGGCUCCGACGGCUUCUUCUACUGCGUCCACUGCGGCUCCCAGGCCGACGACAUCGUCGACACCGGCGUCGCCGACGGGGAUUUCGUCGACAAGGGCGGCGACGCCCGCGGCGCCCUCUACCAGGCCAGCCACCGCCGCCACCGCGCCGUCAAGCCCGAGCCCAAUCUCUCCCAAUUCCAGCUGUGGUCCCAGCUAACCCUAACUCCUCAUCUCAAGACGCCCACGAAGGAGGAAGACGUGGCUUAUGAUGAAAUCGGGCCGACGGGCCCCCGGGACUUUGGGGAUUCGGGGUCGGCCAGGCCGAGGGCGCUUGGCUAUGAGGAUUACUACAAUGAGGUGAGGAUCAGGUAUGUGAUGGGGCUGCAGACGAUGGUGCAGCUCCAGUGUGAGGCUCUCGUGAGGGAGUUCGGCGCAACACCGCUGAUUUGUGGGAUUGCUGGGCCGAUUUGGCUGAGGUUCGUAGCAAGCACUCGGGUUUUCUCAGACGAGUGGGCGGACGAGACCGUUAACGAGUCCGAAAUGCAGACAGAAGCCACAGGGGAACCAAAAGAUUUUAGGCCUCGUGCUAAGUUCAGUGCAGAACCACACAAUAUGCAAGGCAAACGAGCAGUGAUAAUAUGGUAUAGGACCUUGAGAAAAAAGAUACCAUUAUCUUGUUCUUUAGCUAUUUGUUUCCUGGCUUGUCAUGUUGCUAGGGAACCAAUCCUCCCUACUGACAUAAUCAAGUGGUCAGUUGAAGGAAAGCUUCCAUAUUUCGCUGCUUUCCUUGACAUAGAAAAGAACAUUGGUCCACCAUCAGCUGCUUGUCCUUUGAGUUCCAAUCUUAUGUUUAGGCCUUCUCAAGCAGUUCCAUCACAGAAGGUAGAAGCUAUGGCAGCGUCCAUUGCUCUGUCGUUAGGUUUGGAAUUGCCGCCUGUGAAUUUCUACGCAAUUUGUUCCCGCUAUCUCAAUCAGUUAUGCCUACCAGCAGCGAAGAUUUUUCCACAUGCAUGCCGAAUACAGGAAUGGUCGAUGCCUCCUGAUCUAUGGUUGUCGGCAAAUGAGUUGAGGCUUCCUACUCGUGUAUGUGUUAUGUCAAUACUCGUGGUAGCAAUAAGAAUUCUGUAUAAUAUACAUGGUUUCGGAGAAUGGGAGAAGAGCUUGACUGAUCAGCAAGAUAUGACUUCAACAUCAAGUGAUCAGGUUGGAUCCAAAACCACAGGCAGUUCCGGAAUGAAGGAAGAUGUUGGAAAUGGUUCUGGUUUUUGUUCUGGUGCUGGGGAUGAUUUUGAUACAAGAUUGGAAGCGGAAGUCUCAGAUGGUGAUAAGUCUGACCUUGAUGCUACGGAGCUUCUACAAAAGCUCAAUGCUCGAUACAAUGACUUCACUGACUCAUAUGAGUACUGCAAAGACUUGCCCACCUAUCUCCAAUAUUGCAAAGAUGUUGUUUUUGCUGGUCUAGAACCAUCUUUUGAGGACUGCGGGGAAGAAGAAGUUAUGAAGCAGUUAUGGGAUUUUUAUCAGAAAAACAAGGAUGGUGGACAAAUGGAAUGGCCGGGCCUUGACUUCGAUGGUGCUUUGAACCAAAAGAGGCCUAGACAUAAUGUUAAUGGAUGUUCAAAGAAUUCUUUUAUAGGCAACAAAAGGCUUAAUAGUGGAACUUCUGACACCAAUAAAAACCUUUUGGACAGCACAGAUGACGAUGCUUCUUCACAGAAUUCAUUAGCAGAUGAUAACAUGAAACCUAGCAAUCACGCAUCAUCGGAAAGUUACCAAGACAGAGCCAUUAGACAGCUGAAAUUAGACAUGGAAGAGAAUAGGUUCUUCUACAUUCCACCAAGGGUAAAGAUCAAGAGACUUGAUUAUCUUCAUUAUGUUAGGAAGAGGGACCAUGGUGCAUUAGCUUAUGUUGCCCAUGCUGAUUAUUACAUAUUGCUUCGUGCUUGUGCUAGAGUAGCUCAGGUUGAGAUUAGAUGUAUGCACAUGGGUGUAUUGAAUUUUGAGAGGAGAUUAGCCUGGAUGGAAAAUAGAACAGAAUACUGCCUGCAUUUAACUCCUCCUAAAUUAUCUUGCGAGUUCUGUAGUGAUGAGACUCAAGAAGAUGCGGACGAUGUGAUUAAACUUUCUAGUCUGAAUAUAUAAAAGAUAUUUAACAUUUGCUGUCUCA